AAAUGACUGACACAUAAAAAGACAAGGAAGUGUUGCACUCAGUACAUUGUGUGCAUAUGAAGCAGCUACACGUCUGUCUUAAUGUAGCUUCUGAAAAAGCUGAAUCAUAAAGGAGCUAGCAGCGUUUAUGUGCUCAUCCUGAAUGAUAUUUGGACUUGCUGUGAGCUGUGAGUGCUAUGGUUGCACAGCCGCAAAAUAAAGGAGAUCCUGAUGUAACAAAAAAGAUGGAGAAGGUGAAAGCACUGAAGCACUUCCCUCCAUAUGGUACCCUUGAUGAAAACACAACAGGGGACACCUGCCCCACAUGCCGUGGCACUGGCCGAAUCCCCAGAGGACAAGAAGACCAGCUCGUUGCUGUCAUACCGUGUAAUGAUGUAAGGCUGAAACCCAGACGCACGAAGCUGUACGUGUGCAUCUCCAUGGGCCUGUGUCUCCUUAUUUGUUGUCUGAUCCUCUUUUUCCUCUUCCCACGGAGUGUCACCCUUACCCCAGUGUCUGUACAAUCAGUCACAGUUUACUUCAUCCCAGAUGAAGUUAAAAUGGACGUCACAAAUCUCAUCAACAUUACCAACAAAAACUACUAUUCAGUUCAGAUUGUCGACUUCAGCAUUCAGGCUGUGGUUGGUCAAACAGUCAUGGGAAAGAACAAGAUCACUAAUAUGACCGCAAUCGAGCCCAGAUCAAUGAAAUCUAAUGUAAUUUCAGUUGGCCUGGAUAUUAAAGAUGAAGGCAUAGCCUCUUACUGCAAGUCAAGCAGCAUCAAGAUUCACACCUUAUUUCUGGAGCUUCAAAUGACAAUGAAUAUUUCCUAUCUCUCGCACACGGAGCAGCUGUCCGUGGAGACCUUUGAGUAUAUUGACUGUGGCACCAAUUCAACAAUUCCACAUCCUGUGAGAAUAUGACUUCAAUGUGCUGAAUCUGCAGUUUAUACACAAUAACUGCUCUCUGUUGUUUUAACACAUACUAAGACAUAAUAAUCACUACAGUGUUAUAAUGUUAAAAUAUUGACGCUUCAAACAUGCAUGCGUGUAAAAUGCACAAAGAAGUUUUAGAGCAUUGUGUGAAAUGAGCACAAUUUGUGAAUUUCAAAGUGUAAAAAUUAUUUUGAAGUCAUACCAAUUUUAAAUUGUCUUUAAAUUUGUGUGUGUGCAUGCGAGCACGCGUGUACUACUGUGUUGACCAUAGAUCUCCUUAUUGUUUGUCAUUUGCACUUUAUUAAACUGUGAAGGUUAAUGUUACAUAUUA